UGCGACAAGUCGUCACAGGAAAUCGCCGGCACCAGAGAGGAGAAGACCCAAUGGCUACCGUCGUUCAGCGUCAACUAUAAACUCUUAAUUUUACUGCAGAUUUUGUGGAGUGGUGCUAUGUCUUCGGGAAUGACUGGACAAACACCGUGCCUAAGCAGCCGAUGGGAUCAGCCAGCUCAACCUAAACAGAGUGUAGAUGUAAGGCAGCAAAGGAGUAGUGAAAAUGCAGCCCACCCUAUCUCUUUAUCGGGAGUCGUCAACACUGCUACUUCAAACAAUACAGUUUCGCAGCCACCACAAACGGGAGAAAAGCCAACACCUCAGGGAGGAGUUGAAAUGGCUGCCGCCAUGGCUGCUAAAAUAAAUGCCAUGUUAAUGGCAAAAGGAAAGCUGUUGACUCCGCCGCCAUUACUUGCAAAGAGCCCCCAAAGUGUGCCUGUGCCAACCACUACAGAAGAGAUGGUGGUCACAGAGGUCGACAUAAAUGAUGUACCGCUAAAUAGCAGGGACAUUCUUACUAAAGGCAAGACACAGGAGGAGAUCCGACAGUUUAGUGGAGCAGUCGUCUCAACAAAAGGUCAUUACAUGUCUGAAGCUGACAAGGGAAAAACAGGACAAAGACCUUUGUAUUUGCAUGUCCAGGGAAAGAACCAAGAUCAGGUCAAUAAGGCUGUGAUUAGGAUAAAGGAGAUCAUUUCUGAGAAUGUGCUGAAGGCCUCAGCAGCAUCAGGAGGACAGCAGGUGCCUGUAAUGCCUCCACUCACACUCUACCCUCAGCCUCCUCGGCCCGUCAUUCCCACACCUGUGCCACGGAUGCCUAACACCAACUCUGUGCCAGGCCAGGGACAUCGGCCUGCCGCUCCUCAUUCAGGGAGUUUUGUGCACACAAAAAUAUUUGUGGGUCUGGACCAGGCGUUGCCUUCUUUCAACGUCAACGAAAAGGUUGAAGGUCCAGGAGGGUCGUAUCUGAGUCACAUUCAGACAGAGACAGGGGCUCGAGUCUUCCUCAGGGGGAAAAAUUCUGGCUACAUUGAACAAGCAUCAAAACGAGAGUCUUUUGAGCCUCUUUAUGUCUACAUCAGCCACCCAAAUGCAACUGGAUUGGAGGCAGCGAAGAAACUCACUGAGAGUCUGCUGGAAACCGUGAGAGCUGAACAUGCCCGUAUGGUGUCAAUGUACACAGCUACAGGCUCAACACAACCAUACGCAGCACAUGGAUUUCCACCUAAUAGCAAUUACUCUAACCAGGGGUCCUGGUAUAACUACCCAGCAAAUGGGUAUGCUGGUGGCUAUUCAGCGUACCCAGGAGCCGGUGGUUAUUGGAGUAAUGCAAAUGGUCCCCCAAGUCAUUCUAACAUGUCGACAAACCCUCCAUCUUCUCAGGCAAUGGUUCAGUAUCCGGUGUGUCCUAGGAAACCGCAUCCCUAUCUCGUCCAGGAUCCUGGCAGCAGGGAGAUGGUGGAGCCUGAAGGAUCUUUAAACACCCCCCCUGACUCCGGAAGUCCCAAACGUCAUUUCCAGGAGGGGGUUAAGGAAGAACAGCCUACAAGCAGCUCUCCAGAGGGUCCUACUCAUCAGGAGUCUGAACUUCCUUUCUCCAGUGUUGGAGAGGAGAAAGUAGUAGAAAGGAUUCUGAUGCCUCCACCACCACCUCCCUUUGUGGCUCCUGCCCCUGUUGCACGCAAAAGGCCAAGAGACGCGGGGACAGAAGAUCCAGUCUGCCCGCCCAUCAGUGCUGCAUCAAUGGGUGUUCAAGAGGAGGUGUGCGAGAAGAGGUCUAAAGUGGACGAAGAUACAUCAGGGCUAGUGCCCUACGGAGGAGAUUCCUCUGAUGAAGAGGAGGAAAGGAACCAUAGCAGUAAGACAGAUAACUCAUAACCCCUGCCCUGCCCCAUCCCCACUGCCCAGGAUACCACAGACCCAAAAUCUACUUUCAGUACAUCAACACACUUCUCAAACACACACCCCAUAAUAGGAAAAAUCCACCCUUGCAUACACUGUUUAGGAUGAUACCAGUGUUUUCCCAUGUUUUACAUCAUGUACUGCAAGUAACGAAUACAUUAUUGCGGACUAUUGUCCAAGGAAAAUGUUAAAUGCUUUUGUUUGUCAUUUUUCCUUCCAUCCAAGCAGACAUGGGUUUCCUUCAUCUCCGUGUGGGACCUUUUUUUUUUUUUUUUUUUUUAAAUUACAGGUUGAGUAGGUUGAGUAGUUUUUUAAAUAGCAGUAAUGUAAAGUACAGAUUAUUAGUAGUAAGCAGGCUUAUGAUGGGGGAAAACACUGGUAUGGUCUUUGAAUUAUCACAAAUCUUUUGAUGUUUGGUGCUUUCCUGGAAGAAAAGAUUUUUUCUUGUCCUAUGUAAGUUUUGCUUUAUACUUUUGUUUGUUUUUCAUGCAUCUCCCAGUAUGUCUUAAUAUAACCUCUCACACAAUGGGUGUGUACCUGUUGGGUUUUAGUCAAAGGUGAGCAUAUUUAAAUUUAUGGCCACCUAUAGAGCCCAUGUAAAUAUAGAUAGCCUACCAACUUGUUCAUUGUCAUUGUGCAUGUGUUUGUAGCCACGUGACUUAAAAUGCAACACAUCUUUUGGCUACAUGUCAUGAAUUGAGGAUAUACAAAUCUUUUCUACAGUGUUUUUCUCCCAUUUUUUUAAACUAUAAGGGUCUAACUCUAAAACAUGCACUUAUCAAUCUCUUAAAUUGCAGAGACAUUUUCUGUUUAAGUACCACUUUUAAACAAAAUAGUCAAUUUUAACAGUGUCACAAGUAUUCAGGGUGGAUUUUUCCUUUUAAUGUGAAUACAAUUGUAUAAUUAAUUUUCUUUUGUAAAACACUUUAAUUUUAAAAGAAUCUUGUUAAUCAAAAACAAGUACCUUAAUUUCCUUUUUUUUUUAUUUAAACACUUGGUCUGCUGCAGUUGCUGAUGGUAUAAAUACAUAUUGUAAAAUUCAGUGAAACUUUUUUCUUAUCUUGGAAAAUGGUGUAUGCCUGUUCCCAUGGAAUACUAUAAUAAAAACUGAAAACCCCU